AUGUCACAAGAUUUGCUCAGAGCACCAGAGGUUGAUGUGACAGCCCAAACAAGACCUGCCAGAGAGGAGCAAGUAACCCUGCCAACCGCCAUGGUGACUGAUGCGGAGCUGUUGAAGCUCCUGAAGGAGCCCACAGAAGAGGAGCUCUCCAUGCCUCCUGAGGAGGCCCUGCUCAAGCAUUAUGUCUCAGAAGACAACAUUCACAUCCUCACAUGGGGCCAGAACCACAUGCACAACGAGGUGGCAGUUCACAAGGAUGAGUGGGAGGACUUCUUCCAGCACCACAACACCCUGUGCACCAACAAGUUCUGGACCACUACUCAAGGCAAGCAAGCCAUCAACUGGAAGAAGCUCAUCAGCUCAAUGCCAGAGGCUCAGAAGCUCAAUGAGGCAGAACAGAGGAAGCUACAAGAAAAUCUGCGCAACUAUACCAGCAUCAUGAAGAAGUUCCUCAACAUCAACAGUUGGCCCAAGAGUGCCACCUACCUCAAGAAUUUGUAUGCCAAAUCCAAAGAACCCAUGCCAAUCACUCCCCUCUAUCUUCACAAUCAAUCAAUAUCCAAUCCAAUACUGCUUCAUGUCCUCAAGCACAUCUCAACCAAACAGCACAAGCAGAUCCAGGCCACAACCUUCACUGAGCUCCUCAUUGCCUGCCAGAGACAUGUCCAGUUCCUGGGCAAGGCAAGAAAGGUGGCCACACACCUCACAGAUAGGGACUUCAUCCACCUCAAGAACAAGGUGGCUACUGGAGAGUGGGAUCAUCACAUCACCUGUGACCAGGAGCAACUUCUUCUGAUCAACAUUGAAGACGUUAUCCCAGAGUUGCAAGAGAGGAUUCAAAAGGAGAAAGAGGAGAAGGAGAAAGCUGAGGAAAAGGAGAAACGUAAAGCAAAGGCUAAAGGGAAGAGGAAAUCCACCAACUCAGCAGAAGAACCUUUCAAACCAGCACAAACACACAACAAGACCAGAUCUGACCAGAAGCACCUCCACAAGUGCAUUGAACAGCUUCAGGUCACUUGUGCAAAUCCAAAGCUAGUUGACAUUGUCCUGUGCAACAUCUCCAUUGAUGCAUCUACUUGCCACUGGGAUCAGCACAGGCUGAACCAGAUGAUGGGUUACACCAAUCCAAAUUGA